AUGAAACUCAUCUGGUCUCUCCUCCUCCUCGCGUCCUCCUCCCUCCAAACCUCAUCCCACAAUGGCCCUUCUGACAACCCCACCUUCAAAAAGGGUCAGUAUACAAUCCGUCCCCAAAACAAAACAACCUGCCACACGUACAACGAGAAGCAAUGGACCGGAACAGUCGACAUCUCAGACAAGAGACGCCUCUUCUACUGGUUCUUCGAUAGCCGUAGCAACCCCGAGACAGAUCCCAUCUUGAUAUUCCUAAGCGGCGGCCCCGGAGCAUCCUCCAUGAAUGCCCUCUUCCAAGAACUAGGACCCUGCCUCGUCUCCCCGUCCAACACGUCCACCCCCCGACCUACAUCCUUCAACAACGCCGCCUCCGUGCUCUUCAUCGACCAACCCGCCGGCGUGGGCUUCUCCCAAAUCCACCCAUCAAGCCCGUACGUCCAAACCGACCAAGAGGCCGCGGCCGACCUAGCCACUUUCUUAACGCUGUUCUUCAAAAACGUGUUUCCGGGACGUGCCCAUCUCCCUAUUCACUUUGCGGGAGAGUCCUACGCGGGGCACUAUGUCCCUUCUACGGUGAAGCACAUCCUCGAUGAGAGGAGUGUGAAUGCCAGGGACGCGUUCUGGGGGAACAUUACGAGCGUGGUGCUUGUUAGUCCUGUGCUGGUGGAUUAUCAGAUCUACUACGGGUUGUAUCAGCUCAUGUGUACGACGUACAGGGGCCAUUCUGUGCGCUGGAACGAGAGUACGUGUUCGUUGGUUGAGCGGAAGACGCCGGCCUUUGAUGUCAUGCAGGUGCAGUGCGAUGCUGGGAAUAUUAGUACAUGUAGGGAUUUGGGGGACAAGUAUCUCGAUGUGUGGGGAAUAUUGGCGGAUGAAGAAGACGCGGGGAUACGGGACACGCAUAAUGUCGAUCGAGGCUGUAAGGAUCCUCCGUUGUGUACACCACCCACACAAGGCUCAUAUAACGACUACCUCAACAAGCCGGCUAUUCUAUCCUCGCUCGGAUUCUCCAAAGAUUUCGAAUUCUCAUUCGCCAACGGGAAAGCAAGUUCUGCGUUCCGCACAUCAGGAAGCGCCUAUACGCCCAUGACGGAUGUACUUACGUCUGUGCUCGACGCACACGUCUUGUAUGAGCACCAGAAGAGUCCGAUUCGGGUACUGGUUCUGAAUGGGAAUCUGGACGGGACGUGUUCUACACCAGGGCAGAAAUGGGCGUGGGAGCGAAUUCCCUGGACGGGGGCUUCGUGGUAUAGGAGUCAGGCGUGGAGGGAGUUGAAGGAGUUGGGUGUUGGGAUGGGACAGGAUGGCAAGGGGGGAGAGUGGAAGGUGAGUAAGGGGGGUGAGUUGUUGUUUAUUGGGUUGGAUGGCGCGGGACAUAUGGUUCCUAUGGAUGAGGGAGGCUUGACGGAUAGGAUUGUGAGGAGGUGGAUUGGCGGGUGGUCUUGA